CUCUCUCUCUCUCCCUUUCCUCUCUCUCUCUCUCUCUCUCUUUCUCUUUCUCUUUCUCUCUAUUUGUCUAUCUAUCUCUCUGUAUCUCUCUCUCGUCGACAAUGAAAAAUUCCUGAGAAGAGGAAAACGAUAGAAAAGGCGGGACAUCUUGGAAAAUAUCAAGGAACUAUAUACCGAAGGAUAUUCGUAAGUGAAUAGGAUCUGGAGAAAAAGUAAAAAGAGAUUAUAUUGAUAGAAUCGGAUAUCAAAGAGAGAGAGAGAAAAGGAUAUGGUAGUGAGUUACAAAGAUUAUUCGUUAUUCCCAUGUAUAAACAAGUAGGAAGAAUCAUCGAAAAGACAUUUGUAAAAUAAUAAUAUCAAGGAACUCGAUGGGAUAUCUUUUUUCUUUAAGAGAGAAGAUCGUAAUUAAUUUAGAACGAUAUCCUGAGAGGUUGAAGGGAAACGACGACUAGCUGAGUUGAGUUUUAUCUUUGGCCUAAGAACAAGACGACGACUCUGACCCUCUCUUUGUAUCAUUAAUGAAGAUUUCAGUGAGUUACCGUGGAGAAGUUUACUUUUUCCCUUCGAAGGCCUAUCUUUAUGAGAGACAACGAUAUAUAAUCUAAAGAAAAAGAAAAAAGAAGGAAAAAGGAAAAAGAAGAAGAUAUAGAAAUUAAGAGAAUGUAAUGAAAUUUCGAGGAAAGAAAUUAUCGUCGAAUCUCUGAAUUCCACCAGCUCGCGAAUCGAGUCCAGUGAGCUAUGAACAUUCCGUUAAUUAAAAGAGAAGAAUCCAGUGAGGUGCCUGACUCGCGAUCGGCUUAGCAACGAUUCACGGAUUCGGUUUGUAAAGCCCCGCGCGGCUGAACACACCGUCGCGGCAUUGAAAAUAUCGAAUCUGUUGUCGUCGAGUGCGCCCGCGAUGCAAUCGGAGCAUCGGAGAUAACAAUUACGAGAGGAUUUACACGAGAAGUGAUCCAGGAGAUCGAUCCGUUUCGCGAUGCUUCAUCGUUGCUAUCGUUUCAACGAACGUUUCGUAAUCUAUGAGAGAUUAUUAUGAUCGAUAGAACCGCUUGUAGAAAUUGUUUCGACAGGAAAAGGAAAGAAGUGAGAUAAGAGGAAGAGGAGAUAUCGAUCGGCUUAUCGACGGAAAAUCGAUUGAGAGAACUGUUGAAAAGUGUUGGAGUGAGAAAGAAGAAGAAGAGGAAGAAGAAGAAGAAGAAGAAGAAGAAGAAGAGGAGAAGGAAGAAGGAAGGAUCGGUCGCGGUGAUCCGGUAAGUGAGGACGCUCGAUGAGUCCUAGCGGAAAGAAUCUUAGAGGAGGGAAUCGCGGCACCGAGUCGUGGCGAUUAUCAGAGAGUCGUUUGGCGUCGGCCAAGAGGACAACGAGGAGGUUCGAAGGAACGAGGAGAACGAGGAUCGGGUUGGCGCCUCUUUGAGAGCCGCGGGUGGGUGAUGCGUGGAAGCAGCUCGGAUCUUCUGUUGGAGGCGAGCUGCGGGCACUGUCACUGUCAUUGUCAGUGCCAGUGCCAGAACGAUUAUCAUCAUCAUCGUCGUUAUUACGGUCAACAGAGCCUCGGAAGCUCGAGCGUAGGAGGCGAUAUUGGAGACGGAAGUGGAGGUGGAGGAGGAGGUGGUAGCGAUCGCCAUCACCACCACUAUCAUCACCAUCAUCAUCAUCAUCGGCAAGAACGGUACAAGAAAAAAAACGAGGCACGUGAGUCGAAGGAACGAGAAUUACGUCGUCGCAAACUGUUGGAGUUAGGAUUCGGCGCUGCGAGGCGCCGACCGCCACGGCGUACCUGCCGUCAGCGGCUAAACUUUUACGCGACCUCGGCGUUGGCCUUCGUCGCGACCUCGGGCGGCGCCGCCCUCCUCUUCCUGGUACCGCUUUACGUUGAUCCGGCGAUCAGUACAUUAGCCGCCGAUUUCUCACCGGAACCGGUUAUCUGUACGACCUCCAGACGAGAAGAACUCUGGGGUCUUUUCAAUUGCACCUGGAGCUCUUGCCGGGAGGGAUGUACCAGUGACGUUUACAGGUGUACACAUAUAUACGUCACAUAUUCACCUUGGAACAACGAUAGUAUGAAAAACGAUACGGGAACAACUAGUGGCACUACUACGACUACUACUACUACCACCACAACCACGACCACCCCUGCUGCCCCUGCACCAACGAGUGGCGACAUCGAGGCGGUACUUCUUGUUAACAUCAAGGGCUGCGGUUACCCACCGGUCGUAGAUUGCGAGAAUUUUACUCGUGACAUGGGUUACGAGGGUGCAAAGUUCCCGUGUUACUACAGUCGCGUUAACGGCAGCAUCGUGAUGGCAUCUUAUAAUAGGGAGGCGCAUGUAGCUACGAUCAUUCAUCUCUUCGCGGCACCCUUGGUUGUAACUCUUGCAACGAGCGUCGCCCUUUGCGUCAUGCAUUGUGACUGCAGGUGCACGCCACCUCCGCGGCAUCCACCGCGUGGCAUGAGAAUGCAUAGAGCUAACGAUCUCAGCGACCACUCGAUCAGCAACCGCGUGGAUCGGCGAGGUUAUCCAAUGCAUUGCGAAUGUGAGUGCGGGGAAGUAACCAGGCCCUUAUGACGACGCGAGGAAACGGCUGAGAGUGGCUUGAUCACUUCUCAGUCGGACUUUUAGGCUUUAUGACCGAUCUCUUCUUCCUUCCAUUCUUCUCCCAUACAAUUGGUCCUUACCAUAAAUUUCGUUUCUUCUCGUAGUAGUCAAAUUCGAACGUGUGUAUAUAUAUGUAUAUAUAUAUAUAUAUAUAUAUAUAUAUAUAUAUAUAUAAACACACACACAUAUAUAUAUACGGAAACACACACGCGCAGGUACACACACAUAUAUAUAUAUACAUAUAACCCUCCCUAGAAAACGUUGAAACAUUUAUCGGAAUACGAGGAACUCAUCUUUGUUACAUCAUUAUGUGGUACACACCAUGAUCAGGAAGUAAUUACCAUGCUCGAACGUAGUUACUGGUAACAUGUUUCAACCUCGUAUCUGACUACGCCUACUUGCUGUUACUGCUGGUGCUGCUGGUGCUGUUACCGUUGCCGCUGUUGCAUCAUAUAUACAGAAGACAUCACAAAACCCGUAUACUCGCUUCGUUACAUGAAAUUUCGUCGAGAUACGCGAAAAAAAUGUUCGACGAAAUUAAUAGCUGUUAACUAUACCGUUGUUUUUCCCUUACCCCCACCACCACCACCAUCACCAACACCACCGCCCAUCCCCGCCACCACACACCUCUCGCAUUUGUAGAUUCGGUGAACGAAGAAAGAAGAGAAGAUGGUGAUAACAAGGGAAAGAAAAUCAACGUGUUCCAAAGUCGAGCACUAAUUUCUACGCUGCUCUGCGAAGAUCGAAAUGUAGUUCGAGCAUUCCUGAGACCAUUUUCUAUAAUGAUUCAAGCCGAUAGAUAGAUAGAUAAAUAGAUAGAUAGAUAGAUAAAUAGAUAGAUAGAUAGAUAAAUAGUUAGAUAGAGAAGAGAGAUAAUAAUCUCGUGAACUCGUGAAUUUAGAUAGACGACGACCAAGAAUUAAAGAGAGAAAAAAAAGAAAGAAAAAAGCUGCUAAGGAUAAUUCAUCACCGGUCUUGUAAUAUCGUUCGUCGUCGGCUCUGUACGAUCGUUUUGACGAGGGAAAAAGAAGAAAAAGAAAAAAAAGAAAAAACAAGGAAGAGAGAGAAAGAGGGAGAGAGAGAGAAAGAAAAAAAGAAACAACAGUGGAAGCAUGUCAUAGCAAACAUCGAAGUUUUUGGCGACGUUACAAGAGCCGAACGUGGUGUAUCACGUAUUUCGUUACCUGGCGUUUGCCAACAAGCAAGCAAAGCUUUGCUACUCUUGACCAUUUUCCAGCAUGACGAUGGAGAAAUUCGUCCGAGCGGCUGGCCGACUCGGCAAAAAAAUAUACAGCCCUUAUAUACUUUCUAUAGAUUAAGCUCGACUUCCCAUCACGUUACCACCGAAACGUUCGACCUUUUCUCAGGAUUAUUUUCAUUUGCAUAUUACGGAAUAUAUGUUGUUAGUGAAGCAUGUAAGUGCGCGCGCGUGUUUGUGUGUGUGCGUGUGGGUGUGUGUGGAAAGUUGCCAAGAGGUUUAAGGUACUCGCGAAUUUAUAAGGGCGAUGGAUGAUGAUGGGCUUAAAGAUCCGGAUAAAAGGAUGAAAAAUGACUAGUAUAAUGGAAUAUCCGAUCGAUCUCGAAUAUAUCUCCUCUUGUGUCUUCGUGAUUUCCAACUUGUUCCUGUUAUAUAGAAAAUGAAGAUGGAAAGAAAGAGAAAAGGAAACAUCGUGUAUGCGUUUGAAAUAUGGAUAUGCUUCUCGACGCGUUCUAUGCGUGCCUAUUCGUACGUUUUCGUUUAUUAUGGAUUACAUACGUUUAGGUAAAAUUGAUCGAAUCGUCGGAGCAGGUUACUCGCAGACGGCGCAAAAAAUAGGUUGCUAGAGACGGGACAAAAGUUAAUCGAUGUCCUAACCGUAAGCCUCUUGGUUAAUUUACUUUCCUUUCAAGAAAGCGAUCGUUAUUCUCGGCGAACACAAAAGUGAGAAACCUGAAACACUAUGAAAAAAUGAUAGGAAUAAGAGAAAAAUUGGAAAAAUUGAAAUAGUUUUUACAGAACACUAAUGAUCGUAAAAUAUUUUCUCUCUAUCUUUUAUGUUUCUCCUUUUUCGAUUUUUUCUUUUUUAUUUAUUUUUCGUACAAAAAUUAUUUCUUUGUUCUUUUUUUUUUCUUUUCGUAUAUAAUAUACAUCGUUGGGAAUUAUUUUUAGACGCUGAGGAAAAACAGUAACGAUCCCUUUACUUUAACACGCGCUCGAUGAAAGAAUAUGAAAUUUGUGAUCACGCUUGUUCAACAAAUGAUGUAUGCGAGCGGAAGUAACGCGAGCUUAGCGUAGGUGUUCCGGUAAUCGCGUAAGCUCGGCGUCCUAAACUCCUGGUUACGUGCGAAAAUACGAGACACGAGAUAGAUGUAGAAGAACGCGAUUAUUAUAAACACAUAUGCACAUAGGUAUGUGUAUCGAACGAAUUACCUAUGAGCACGCGAUAAUAUAUUAAAACCAGGAUGAAGCUCAUGCGAAGAUUAGGAUUUUCCUAGAUCUAAUAUUAACGAUGACAUUAUCACCGUAGUACGCGAACAAAUAAUCAAACAAAGGACGAAUCGGAAAUGAUUGAAAAUUAUUUAUAAUUUAUUUUAUUAGAGAGAACAGAGACGAGAUAGGAUAAUCGGAAAAAAAAGAAAAAAAAAAAAUGUAUAGAUAUUUUCUACGAUCGUUUGAUAAUAAUUCUCUGUUUUUUUCUCUUUCUU